AUGAAACUUUUCAUUUUGAUAUACUUAGCCCUUUUCGCAAUUUCGAACAAAAAGAACUUCUCUACAUCGCUAAAGCUUUCGAGGAGCAUUCGCAGCAGUGGGCGCAACACGAGUCCCCUGUCAUUACCAAUCCGUUCUGAGAGGCUCAUUUUCACCAAGAGGAAGACCCCGUGGAGAACCCGGGGGAUGUUUUUUAUUCGCAACUCAUUUCAUCGAAAGGGGUACCAUUUUUUUCACUUGGACAGAUACGUGACCAAAGGGAAAGCUCUUCAAUGCACCAUGGAGACGAAUAGUAGCUUACCCCAAUGGGACAUGCCUUCCAAGGAGGGCAAGAAAAUAACUGGUUUGCUCGUGAACAACUCCCUGACGCGCAGCAAGGUGGAGUUCGUUCCUCAGGCGAAGGACCAAAUCAAGUGGUACGCAUGUGGACCUACGGUGUACGACGCAGCGCACCUGGGUCACGCUAGGACGUACGUCAGCUUCGAUAUCAUCCGGAGGAUCCUCAUGAAUUACUUCAAGUACGAUGUUUUCAUGGUGAUAAACAUAACAGACAUAGAUGACAAAAUUAUUAAAAGAAGCGAAGAGGAAAAAGUAAGCUUCACAGAAUUAGCAAGAAAAUGGGAAUGGGAAUUUUGGGAAGACAUGAAAAAGUUGAAUGUCCUACUCCCGACAGCUAUCACCAGAGUGAGCGAAUAUGUUGAUCAAAUCAUUCAGUAUAUACAAAAAAUUAUUGAAAAUAAAUAUGCUUAUGUGAGUGAAGAAGGUAGUGUAUACUUUGACAUUGAUGCGUUUAAAAAAAACCCCAAACAUUUUUACGCGCGCAUGGAGCCACUCUCUGUGAAGGAUGAAACGAAAAUUUUGGAAGGGGAAGGAGAUUUAGGUGUUAUAUCAAAGAAGAAAAAAAAUUCUUACGAUUUUGCUCUGUGGAAAUCAUCAAAACCAAAUGAACCUUAUUGGGAUUCUCCUUGGGGAAAAGGCAGACCCGGAUGGCAUAUAGAAUGUUCAACAAUGGCUAGUAACAUUUUUGGAAACGUCCUUGAUAUACAUAGUGGGGGAGUAGAUCUUCGAUUUCCACACCAUGAUAACGAAUUAGCUCAAAGUGAAGCUUUCUUUGACGAAAGUCAGUGGGUCAAUUAUUUUCUCCAUUCGGGUCAUUUACACAUAGAAGGAUUGAAAAUGUCCAAGUCCUUAAAAAAUUUUAUAACAAUAAAACAUAUGCUAACUGAGUAUACGCCUAACCAAAUUCGUAUUUUAUUUUUACUAAACAAAUGGGACAGCUUCAUGAAUUAUAGUCCUAAUGGAGAAAGCAUGGUUCAGUGUGUAGAAAUUGAUAAGUUCAUCUUUAACUUUUUCGCCUUACUGGAGAUGAAAAUUAAAAAUUUUCAUUUAAGUAACUCCAAUUUAUUCUGGACCCAAGUAGACAACAAUCUUAACAACCUAUUCCGUUCAACAAAGAACAAAAUACAUCAGGCUCUGCUAGACAAUUUCAACACGCCUGAAGUUAUCCUAGCUCUGCAAAAGCUAAUCACCGAAAUUAAUAUAUACCUACAAAAUGAGAAGGUUCAAAUUGGGUUACUCUUGGAACUCAAGCAUUAUAUCUCUUUCAUACUAGAUACCUUCGGCUUGGUGUAUGGUCAAUCUCAAAGUGGGAAGAAUGACAAAUUUGAUGAACUUCUCCAAACGCUUGGUACGUAUAGAAGUAAUAUUCGCACCACACUACAGAGCAAUGCUAAAUUGAUUAGGAAAAUUACCAAAGAGACAAAAGAUGUCGUCACCAAAAAGGACGGACAGGAAAAUGAGAAUAAUUCUCCUGCCCAAGGGAGGGACCUACUUUACGCAGAGUUUGUUAACAAUGUCAAGGCUAACAAUGAGACGUUACUGAAAGAGUGCGAUUUGCUACGAGAUGAGCGUCUUCUAAAUCUGGGGAUACUCAUUGAUGACCGACCCAAUAACGAGUUCGUCGUCAAGGUGCUCGAUGAGAACCAACUGCAGCAGGAGAAGCGGAAGCGCGAGCAGGAGCUCAGUAAGAAGAAGGGCGCAGUCGGGGGAGCAGCAGCCCAGAAGGGAAAAAAUAACCAGAAUGACAAGCGGGAGUCAUGA